AUGUCAACCACUAGUACGGUUCCUUCAGAUAUAGCAUCCACAUCAGCAUCCACUCCUGCAAUGUCAGCCACUAGUACGGUUCCUUCAGAUAUAGCAUCCACAUCAGCAUCCACUCCUGCAAUGUCAGCCACUAGUACGGUUCCUUCAGAUAUAGCAUCCACAUCAGCAUCCACUCCUGCAAUGUCAGCCACUAGUACGGUUCCUUCAGAUAUAGCAUCCACAUCAGCAUCCACUCCUGCAAUAUAUAGCAUCCACAUCAGCAUCCAUCAAGCAUCCACUCCAAUGUCAGCCACUAGUACCGUUCCUUCAGAUAUAGCAUCUACAUCAGCAUCCACUCCUGCAAUGUCAGCCACUAGUACCGUUCCUUCAGAUAUAGCAUCUACAUCAGCAUCCACUCCUGCAAUGUCAGCCACUAGUACCGUUCCUUCAGAUAUAGCAUCCACAUCAGCAUCCACUCCUGCAAUGUCAGCCACUAGUACCGUUCCGGUUCCUUCAGAUAUAGCAUCUACAUCAGCAUCCUCCUGCAAUGUCAAUGUUCCUUCACCACCACAUCAGUACUCCUUCCUUCAGAUAUAG